UUACUAGCCAGUCUCGAAACAACAUAGCUAUGGGAAAACUUACGCUUUACGGAAUCGACGGAAGUCCUCCAGUCCGCUCCGUGCUCCUCACCUUGAACGCCCUGGGUGUGGAGUUCGAGUACAAGAUUGUCAAUCUUCUGGAGAAGGAGCACUUAAAGCCCGAGUUCCUUAAGAUAAAUCCCCUGCACACGGUGCCCACCCUGGAUGAUGAUGGGUUUGUUCUGUCCGACAGCCAUGCCAUUAAUUCAUAUCUAGUGAGCAAAUAUGGCAAGGACGACUCCCUGUAUCCCAAGGAUCUGAAGAAGCGGGCGAUCGUUGAUCAGCGUCUGCACUACGACUCCAGUGUGGUCACUUCCACCGGCAGGGCUAUCACCUUCCCGCUCUUCUGGGAGAACAACUCGGAGAUUCCAAAGGCCAGAAUCGAUGCCCUGGAAGGUGUCUACAAGUCGUUGAAUCUUUUCUUGAAUUCUGGCGAUUAUCUGGCCGGCGAUAACCUGACCAUUGCCGAUUUCCACGUCGCUGCCGCUUUGACCGGAUUUGUGGUCUUCCUGCCCGUGGAUGCCACCAAAUAUCCCAAACUGGCCGGCUGGAGCCAGCGCAUCAAGAGGCUGCCAUACUACGAGGAAGCCAACGGUUCCCGGGCUGCCCAAAUCAUCGAGUUCAUCAAGAGCAAGAACUUUACUAUUGUCUAAAAACCUUUAAAAUACUCUAAAUAAAUUAUUUAACAAAUAGUACCAAAACCA